AUGUUCUCCAUCCAUCCCGAUAAAGCUCCUGGCCCCGACGGCUUCUCAGCAAGCUUCUUCCAAUCAAAUUGGGACAUCACCGGACCUGCUGUAACAAUGGAGAUACAAGAGUUCUUUACUUCAGGGAACCUGCCAACAUCAAUAAACACCACUCACAUCAGGCUUAUUUCGAAAAUUACAGGACCCAAGGCAGUGAUGGACUACAGGCCAAUUGCACUCUGUAAUGUUUACUAUAAGGUUAUUUCCAAGAUUCUCUCUAUCAGAUUGAAACCAGUGCUACAAGAGGUUAUAUCUGAAAAUCAGUCUGCGUUCGUACCUGGACGAGCUAUAUCUGAUAAUGUGCUUAUCACCCACGAGAUGCUCCACUAUCUGAAGAACUUGGGAGCCACCAUACACUGUUCGAUGGCAGUAAAAACUGACAUUAGUAAAGCGUAUGACCGCUUGGAGUGGACUUUUAUAAGAGAAGUUCUAGGGAGAAUGGGAUUUCACCUUGAUUUCCUACACUGGAAGAUGGAGUGUAUCACGACGGUGUCCUACUCUUUUCUGAUCAACAAUGAGGCGCUGGGGAACGUGAUGCCACAACGGGGGAUUAGGCAAGGAGACCCCCUCUCCCCGUACAUCUUCAUCCUCUGUGGAGAGGUCCUCUCGGGUCUCUGCAAACGAGAGCAAGAAAAAGGGACGUUAGCAGGCCUCAGAGUUGCUCGCAAUAGUCCGCGCAUAAACCACUUACUAUUUGCUGAUGACACGAUGUUCUUCACCAAAACGGACCCUCAAUGUUGUGUGUCUUUGCUCAAUAUCCUCCACGAGUAUGAAAGAGCGUCGGGACAGAUGAUCAACACAGCAAAAUCUUCGAUUUCUUUCUCGGCCAAAACAUCACAAGAAAUCAGAACAAGAGUUAAAGAGCAUUUGGGAAUAGAAAAAGAGGGAAGAGUGGGUAAAUACCUUGGCUUACCAGAACAUUUCGGUAGGAAGAAAAGAGAUCUCUUCUCUUCCAUUGUGGACAAGAUCCACCAGAAGACUAUAAGCUGGUCUACCCGCUUCCUCUCCACGGCUGGAAAGGCUACUAUGAUCCAAUCAGUUAUGUCGGCAGUACCUUCCUAUGCUAUGACAUGCUUCGAACUACCUGUGGGAUUAUGCAAGAAAAUCCAAUCAGAAAUGACAAGCUUCUGGUGGAACUCAAAAGAGGGAGACAGGAAAAUAUGUUGGACUUCUUGGGACAAACUGACCUUACCAAAACAACUCAGAGGGUUGGGCUUUAGAGACGUCCAACUCUUCAAUUUAGCUCUUCUAGCUAAGAUAGGAUGGCGCAUCAUCACCAAACCCGACAGCCUCCUUGCUAGAACACUGCUAGGGAAGUAUUGCCACAAAACCUCCUUCCUCAAAGCUACAAAACCCUCUAACUCCUUUCAUGGCUGGAACGGAAUCCUUCACGGCAGAGACCUCCUCCUAGGCCAUCUUGGGAAAGUCAUUGGAGAUGGAGAAUCGACAAGAGUGUGGACUGAUUCAUGGAUAGACACCACAAAUGACUUCCUCCCCACGGGACCUGCCCUGCUUCAGGACCAAGACUUGAUGGUGGCGGAUCUCCUCUCUAGAGAAACAAAGGAGUGGAACAAAUCUCUAGUUGAGAGACUCUUCCCAACGCUAACAGAGCACAUCCUCUCCCUUCGCCCAAGCACAACAGGAACAAGCGACACCUUCAUCUGGACACAACAAAAAUCAGGGAUUUACUCAGCCAAAUCAGGUUAUUUUGUGGCAAAAAUGGAAAAAACCCAAUCGACUAGUUCACUCUUGGAACAGCAACAAUGGAACUGGAAAAAAUUCAUUUGGACACCAAAGCUACUACCUAAGAUCAAGAUAUUCAUGUGGCGUUGUGCUUUAAAUAACUUGCCAACAGGAGACAACCUGAGGAAAAGAGGACUAUUGGGACAUACCUCAUGCACAAAAUGCGGAGAGGAGGAGACCAUAGAGCAUAUUCUGUUCCUCUGCGAACCAGCAAAGGAAGCCUGGAACCUCUGCCCCUGGACCACCCCAAUAGACCCUCUCGGCUGCUCAUAUUUCAGGACCUCCCUAGAACUGGCGACUGCGAAAGUUAACCUACCACCAAUCGGUACCUCCUCUAAUCUAUUUGCUUGGAUCUGUUGGAGUCUGUGGUUAAGCAGGAACCAAUUUACCUUCGAGGGGAAAACAACGCCUCCACAGGAGAUAAUCUCCAGAGCGAUCACCCUUCUGAAGGAAUGGGAACAGGCGCAACCUCCACCGUCACCACCGAUGGGUAAUCCCCCGCAGCAAAUCCCGAUCCAGAUCGCAUCGCAGGAUAGUAUCAUCCUCUACACAGAUGCCGCUUGGAACAAGGAGACAAGAGAGGCAGGUUUGGCAUGGAUCUUCACCAACAGAUCAGGAGAUGAAAUCAAUCGAGGCUAUCAACACCAGAAGCAUGUCUCCUCAGCUUUCAUGGCGGAAUCGUUGGCGGUAAGAGCAGCUCUCCUCCACGCGGUUUCCCUCAACUACACCAUCAUCUGGCUCAGAUCAGAUUGUAAGGGGCUUAUUCAAGCCAUCACCACGAAUCAACGAUCGGCAGAGCUCUUUGGAGUUCUCUCUGACAUUGAAUCGACUAUCGUUCCAUCUUUCAUCGCUUUCUACUCUUCUUUCAUCCCUAGGACUCUUAAUGAAUCAGUUGAUCUCCUGGCUAAGACCUAUUUAUGUAAUAGAAUUUCGGUGUUGGGUUCUAGCCCACACUAA